AUGAGAGGAGACGGCGAUACCGGACUAACGACGCCGCGGGGACGUUCUACACGCAAGAUUCUCCCAUCAGCGCCGGGAGCGCCGGUGAAGAAGAAGAGCAGCGCAGCGUCCUCGAAAGGGGCGCUCAAGCCUAAGAGACUCGUCUACAAUGAUGAUAAUGAAACAGAGGAAGGGACCCAAGACGCCAGUGAUAGUAGUGAUGCUAUCCAAGAGAUGGAAAAGCUCUUUGAAGCCAGGAUCAGUACUGUCGAGGGAGUGUGGGUGCAGUGUGACAACUCGGACUGCGAGAAGUGGCGGUACUUGGCCGAUGUCAUUGACCCCAGCGAGCUACCUGAGAAGUGGUACUGCUCCAUGAACAGUGAUUUGAACCAUAACAGCUGUGAUGCAGAGGAAGACAGUCCACCUGAAGAUGACUUGCUGGAAACAAAGUUCUUUGUUGGUUCAAUAGUUUGGGCCAAAGUGGCCACCUACCCAUGGUGGCCUGCCAUGGUUGACGAUGACCCAGACUUGGGAGUCUACGAAUGGAGGGAACACAAACAUGGCUUACCGACAAGCUAUCAUGUGACCUUCCUGGACCAGAAUGUAACGCGGGCAUGGGUUCGAGAUGCGCUCUGCAUGCCUUUUCGGCAGGCAAAGCACCAUGACGGACCUGCAGGGAACAAGAUUCCUGGCUUCUACAGAAAGAUGUUUGAUGCUGCCACAGCGACUGCUGAAGUAGCGCUCAAGAUGCCAGUGUCGGAACGCAUCAAGAGAUACUGCUUCCUGAACAAAUAUCGAGGCACACGAAAGAACUUGGUCCAAGCUCCCAAAGAGAGGCGCCCCCGCGGGAGACCACGCAAGAACCCCCUGCCGGUUGCACAGCCCAGCAAAGACGCGGCACUUGCAAAGCCAAGACAAGGAACGAAACGCCCAUUUGCACAGUUGCACACUAACUGCAAAGAAAAUGCACAGGCUGAACAACCACCUUUGAAGCAACCGAAAGAAACCACCAAAAAAGGAGAUAGCAAGGACAUUCCUACUGAGAAAGGGUCGUGA